AUGUCCAUAACCAAAGCCUGGAACAGCUCAUCAGUGACCAUGUUCAUCCUCCUGGGAUUCACAGACCAUCCAGAACUCCAGGCCCUCCUCUUUGUGACCUUCCUGGGCAUCUAUCUUAUGACCCUGGCCUGAAACCGCCUUAUUUUUCUGAUCAGAGGUGACACCCAUCUGCACAUACCCAUGUACUUCUUCCUAAGCAACUUGUCUUUCAUUGACAUCUGCUACUCUUCUGCUGUGGCUCCCAAGAUGCUCACUGACUUCUUCUGGGAGCAGAAGACCAUAUCAUUUGUGGGCUGUGCUGCUCGUUUUUUCUUUGUUGGCACGGGUCUGUCUGAGUGCCUCCUUCUGACUGCUAUGGCAUAAGACCAAUAUGCAGCCAUCUCCAACCCCCUUCUCUACCCCACUAUCAUGACCCAGGGCCUCUGUACACGCAUAGUGGUUGGGGCAUAUGUUGGUGGCUUCCUGAGCUCCCUGAUCCAGGCCAGCUCCAUAUUUAGGCUUCACUUUUGCGGACCCAACAUCAUCAACCACUUCUUCUGUGACCUCCCACCAGUCCUGGCUCUAUCUUGCUCUGACACCUUCCUCAGUCAAGUGGUGAAUUUCCUCGUGGUGGUCACUGCUGGAGGAACAUCGUUCCUCCAACUCCUUAUCUCCUAUGGUUACAUAGUGUCUGCUGUCCUGAAGAUCCCUUCAGCAGAGGGCUGAUGGAAAGCCUGCAACACUUGUGCCUCACAUCUGAUGCUGGUGACUCUGCUGUUUGGGACAGCCCUUUUCAUGUACUUGCGACCCAGCUCCAACUACUCGCUAGGCAGGGACAAGGUGGUGUCUGUGUUCUAUUCACUGGUGAUCCCCAUGUUGAACCCUCUUAUUUACAGUUUGAAGAACGAAGAGAUCAAGGAUGCCCUGUGGAAGGUGUUGGAAAGGAAGAAAGUGUUUUCUUAG